AUAUCUCCCUACACACAACUAUAAAAGAAUUGACAAGAAGACAUACUGCGUCUUAUUAACGAUCGACAUUUCACGUUGUAUUAAUAUAUUUUCUAUCAAGUUUUAAUCUACUAUUAGAUUUAAAUCAAAAUAAAGGAUUAUUUCUUUACAUUUGUACGCGAGUGUUUUCAUAAAAUUGAGAUUAUUUCUUUGUUCGUUAAAUAGUAUUUAAAAUGAGACGCUUCAAAGCAUAUUUAGCAACAGACGGUUCCUCGAAGGAAGAAGAAAUUCGUAGAUUUACUUUCGAGACCAGAGAGGAGACCAAUUUCACACUUUUGAGGGAAAAAUUAAAAAACAUUUUUCCAAGUCUACAAGGGAAACAAUUUGCCAUUACCUGGAAAGAUGAUGAAGAUGAUUAUAUUGCAAUAUCAACCAAUGAGGAAUUGGAAAUUGCUUUGGAGGAAAUGUCCCAUCAAGAUCCUCUUAGAUUAUACAUAAUAAAACAUAAGGAUAAUCCGAGAAAUGUGCAUGUUCAACCAGAAGAAGUAUCAGGAGUGUUACAUCAUAAUAUCUUAUGUGAUGGUUGCAAUAAGAAUGUUAAAGGUUUUCGAUACAAAUGUAUCGAAUGUCCAGAUUACGAUUUAUGUUUUGCUUGUGAAUCUAAAGGACUACAUCCAGAACAUUGCAUGAUUCGUAUAGCGGUACCUUUGCAAUGGACAUCACGCUAUGGUAAACGCUUAGUUCAUCAUAUGAAAAAAUUUAUACGUAAAAGCAGCAUCUAUAAUACGAGAUCAGAAGAAACUAGAGAUUGUCCAACUAUGAACGAAAGACAUUACGCAAGAUCUAGAGCAAAUUGCGAUAAUUCUUCAUGGGUCGACACUUUUGCUGAUUAUUUUAAUGAUUGGACCUAUAAUACAGGUGAGUGUCCCAUGAAGAAUAUCCCAAAACCACCCGAGACAGCAACUGAAGCUAUACCUUCGACUAAUGAAUCUUCUGCUUCUUCUAAAGAGGCUAAGAAAGAAGCUAAGCCACAUAUUGAUCUUUUAAAGAUAGUAGAAGACAAUAUUGCACAGUUCUUGAAUCCCCUUGGAAUAGAUAUAAGUAUGAAAGUUAAGAGUGAUGAAAGAUCUGACAUUUCGCAGAACAAUGUUCCCAAUAAACCAGCUGAAACAAAAGCAGCAGAAUCAUCCGAUGAAAUUCCUGCUAAAUUUCCCGGUGAAGGGAGAAAAUUGAAUGAGAAAAAUAUGAAUAAUAACCCUGAAACUAAUGACGAAACAUCCUUAAUUAAUAAAAAAGAAUCACUUUCUGAAAAAUCUGAUAAAUCCUCAGAUGACGAAGGUUGGACUAUGCUGAACAAUGAACGCUCUGCUUCUGUUGCUCCUGAAGUUCCUGUUACUGAUCAAACUUUGCCUUCUACUUCUACUUCGGCUGAACCCAUUUACGAAAAUGUGCUAAAGAAGGCUAACACUCCAUCAGCUCCUGUAACAGAAGAGCCAAAUGGAAAUCUUUAUCCAUUAUUAUCAAAACCAACUCAUCCAAAAGUUGUAUAUCAUCCAAAUCCGAAGAUUCAAAAUGCCGUUGACAUUAUGAUGACUAUGGGAUUUUCUAAUGAGGGUGGCUGGCUUACUCAAUUAUUGGAAAUCAAAGACGGUGAUAUUGGAAAAGUUUUAGACAUGUUGUCUCCAGUGCGUGAAUGACGCAAACUAUUUUGACACACACACACAAUAUAUCUUAUAUUAAAAAAACUUAAGGGAAACCUUAUAAAAAUUUAGAGUUAUACACUUUUGAAUAUUAUUAUAGUAGACAUUCCAACGAAUGAAUAUGGUAAUUCUAUAUACUUUUCUUAAAUAUAUUAUGCAUAUAUAUAUAUGUAUAUAUGCAUUUUUAGAUGUUUAUGUUCUAGAUUUUGUGGAUUAUAAUAUUAUAAUAAUC